ACUUUCAAACAUCUUUUGACUAUAAUUACUAAUAAUUGUCCCUCAAUUUGUUCUUGUUCAGGUACAUGCAAAGCCAAUUUCCCAGAUGAGGACAAGCUGCAUCAUUUUCAUCUGGCAGUGUCUCCUGAUGAGGGUUACUACCAAAGUGGAAGGUUUCAGUUUGAAAUCGACGUCCCCGAAGCCUAUAACAUGGUGCCUCCUAAAGUGAGAUGUCUGACCAGAAUAUGGCAUCCUAACAUCACAGAGAAUGGAGAGAUCUGUUUGAGCUUAUUGCGGGAACACUCUAUUGACGGCACAGGCUGGGCCCCCACCAGAACAUUAAAG